AUGACUAAACUUACCAAGCUCGAAGUAUGGAACGCAAGAACUUCCUGCUCACAAACAAAGAACGAGGAAGAUGAAGGUGAGACUGGCGUGGAGAUGUUGAAGACCAAAGAGAGCCCUGAUGGACUGUCGCCAGCCAUUCAGAGGGAAUUGUACGAGUUGAGAGAAUAUCUCAAGGGAAUAUCUAAGACAGCUACUGGGAGAGUUAGACUGUUCACAAAGUCAAAGUCUCACUGGUUAAACAAAUAUCCCCUCAGAGACAUCUUGACACUUAAAGACAAAAUCCUUAGAGAACAGCGUAAGGACACCGCACCAGUGGAGGAGCAGUUAAACCUGAUAGCAGUGGAACAAGAGAGACUCAGAAAAGACAGAAGUGCUCCUAUAUAUGAAGCCACACGCAUAUCAGAAGAGAAAGAGGCCAUGACGAGAGACGUAGACGCCCUAAACCUUAAAGUAGAAAAACUUGGAGGACAGUGUAAGAGAAGUGCAUCAUUGGAAGAGCAGUUAAACCAGAUGACGAUGGAAUGCAAUGAGCUUAGAAGAGACAGAGAGGCUCUUAUAUAUGUAGCCACACGCAUAUCAGAAGAGAAAGAGGCCAUGGCGAGAGACCAAGACGCCUUAAACCUUAAAGUAGAAAAACUUGGAGGACAGUGUAAGAGAAGUGCAUCAUUGGAAGAGCAGUUAAACCAGAUGACGAUGGAAUGCAAUGAGCUUAGAAGAGACAGAGAGGCUCUUAUAUAUGUAGCCACACGCAUAUCAGAAGAGAAAGAGGCCAUGGCGAGAGACGAAGACGCCCUAAACCUUAAAGUAGAAAAACUUGGAGGACAGUGUAAGAGAAGUGCAUCAUUGGAAGAGCAGUUAAACCAGAUGACGAUGGAAUGCAACGAGCUCAGAAGAGACAGAGAGGCUCUUAUAUAUGAAACCACACGCAUAUCAGAAGAGAAAGAGGCCAUGACGAGAGACGAAGACGACCUGAAACUUGAAGUCCAAAAACUUCGAGAGCAAUCUAAGAAGGCUGCGGCUUUGGAAAAUGAGUUAAACCAGAUGAAAGUGGAAUGCAACGAGCUCAGAAAAGACAGAGAGGCUCUUAUUUAUGAAGUGUUAAGUAUAUUGGAAGAGAAAGAGAUCAUAAAGCUAGAGAAGGACGUCCUUAACCUUGAAAUUGAAAAUAUUCGAAUAGAAUUUAGACGAAAGUUUUAG